AGUGUCUGUGCGCUCAGGCUGAAGCUCCAAGUGCGCGUUCCCUCCUGCCUGCCUGAGCUCCAGCGAGAAAGCAAGCUGAGGAAGAAGGGAAGCUUGCCAAACACCAGCAACAACACCACCAGCACCCAACCACCACAUCUUUCGACAACGAAAACGCCAAGAUGGAGGUUCUGCUCGGCAUCACAGGCAAGGACUUUACCUUGAUCGCGGCCUCCAAGGCCGCGAUGCGCGGGGCGACGAUCUUGAAGGUUUCCGACGACAAGACGAGGCAGCUGAACAAGCACACAUUGAUGGCAUUCUCUGGCGAGGCCGGUGACACGGUACAGUUCGCCGAAUACAUUCAAGCCAACGCCCAGCUUUACUCGAUGCGCAAUGAAACCGAUCUUUCUCCUUCAGCGCUGGCCAACUUUGUGCGCGGCGAGCUGGCGUCGAGUCUUCGGUCGCGGAAGCCCUACAACGUCAACCUCCUCCUUGGAGGGGUUGAUCCCAUCACACACAAGCCAAGCCUGUACUGGCUGGAUUAUCUUGCGUCGCUGGCCCCAGUACCCUACGCAGCGCACGGCUACGCCCAAUACUACUGCCUCUCCCUCCUCGACAAACACCAUCAACCCGACAUCUCCCUAGAGCGGGGCAUGGAGCUCCUUAGGCUCUGCGCAGACGAACUGAAGAGGAGGUUACCGAUAGACUUCAAGGGCUUGAUUGUCAAGGUCGUUACAAAGGAUGGGAUCGAGGUCAAGCCAUUCGACGAAGACGCGGUGGUGAGGGGCACUUGAUUGUCGGAGCGGGUGGGGAGUCUGGCGGGAAUAAACUGUGUAUGAUACCUAGCAAGGGGCGUCGGUAUGCAUUUGACGCCUAC